UAGAGAAGCGUUUUGGAAGGCGGGUGUUCGCAUUGUGGACGGAGUACAGAGUAGGGUGGGACAUUAUCACGUUUGAUUGCUGCAGCCGGCCGUCAUGUCUUCGCCUCGGAGAGUCACUGAGUCGACGCCGUUACUUCACAAUGGCACCGCCAGUGUUCCGGAUAUACCUGACGAUAUCGACGAGGAGUCCUUGGACCGGGACCUCGCCAACGUUCAGUCAGUUCCCCACGGCGGUGAAACUGAGCCUGGAUUCCCUCCCGUAUCUCCUAGAGAUGGAGCUUCUGAGGCUGCCAAACAAACAACGCCCAAGGGAUCGCACCAUUUCAUCAAUGUCAGCCCUGCCCAAUUCUGGGUUAUCUUCACCGGUAUUCUAUUUUCGUAUAUAAUCGCAUUCUUCGAUUCCACUCUGAUGGGCUCCAUACACCCUGUGGUUACGUCAUAUUUUAAUUCCUCGAAUUCGGCCUCAUGGUUAUCGACGGGGUUCCUCUUAACAUGCACAGCUUUCCAGCCGCUCUUCGGCCGGGUGUCCGAUACUUUCGGUCGACGACCGGUUUAUCUAUUCGCGAUCUUCGUGUUCUUCAUCACAACGGCUUGGUGCGCGCUAGCUCAAAGUAUCGGAAGCUUUAUAGCCGCAAGAGUUUGCUGUGGUCUGGGAGCCGGGGCUGUUGCCUCCCUUGGGAUGAUAAUGAGCUCUGAUCUGAUUUACGUUGAAUAUAGAGGAAUAUAUCAGUCGUAUAUCAAUCUUGCGUAUGGAACGGGCUCAUCCCUUGGCCUGGCUUUCGGUGGACUCUUGGCAGACAAACUUGGCUGGAGAGCGGCGUUUGGCAUCCAACUGCCCUUCAUUUUUAUCUAUCUAGUAGCGGCGUACUUCACUACCCCCCAAUCCCUCGGACCACAAUUAGCGUAUCAAGAAGGGUUUUCUUUAAUGCAGGCCAUCAAGUCAAUCGAUCUAAAGGGGUCGUUUCUGUUGGUUACCGGUGUGACUGCUUUGAUGCUUGGCAUCAACCUGGGAGGAAAUGUCUUAUCUUGGGAUCAUCCACUGGUUAUAUGCUCUUUGGCAGCAUUUGGUGCGAUUGUUGCUCUUUUUAUCAGGGUUGAGCGCGAGGCAAAACGGCCCGUGAUGCCGUUGCCUUUGCUCUCCAGUUUCCCGCGUGCGAACUUGAUCCUCGGCAAUUUUUGCGCAAAUAUCACGAUUAACACGGUCCUAUUUAACGCUCCUCUGUACUUCCAGGCGGUAAAAUUGGAGUCGCCCACUAACGCAGGUUUUCGCCUCGUCGGAGCGUCACUCAUGCUCAUGAUAAGCAGCGUAUUUACUGGACUCCUCAUGACAAAGACUCGCCGACUAAAACCUCCAAUUAUUCUUGGAAGCAUAUGUCUAAUCUAUGGCACGUGCUCUAUGAGCAUGCUACGUAGAGAUGCGCCAGGCUGGAUAGGGAUGCUAUCGGUUAGUCCGGCGUCCUUUGGACAGGGCUUUGCAUUCCCCGCGACAAUGUUAUCCGUACUGGCUGUCAGCGAGCAGGGAGAACAGGCAGUGGUUACAACGACGCUUGGUUUGUUCCGCAACCUAGGGUCAGUUAUGGGGGUGGCUAUAAGCAGUUGGGUCCUUCAGAACUCGCUUCGUGUGUACCUCAACCUCUCAGUUACGGGGGACGAUAAGGCAGAGAUUAUUCAACGUGUCCGAAGAUCUGUUGCCGCUAUAUCUGAGCUGGAUCCAAUCCAUCAGUAUCAAGGCAAGUAG